UAUUGGCUACUGGGUUCUUUAUAUAAAAGGAUAUCCAAGACAAGAGAGCUUGAGAGACUUCUCUUGCCGAUAAAAAGAGAGAGAGAGAGAGAGAGAGAGAGAGAGAAAGACAGAGAGAGAUGGGAAGAGCUCCUUGUUGUGACAAGGCAAAUGUGAAGAAGGGACCUUGGUCACCAGAAGAAGACUCAAAGCUUAAGGAGUACAUGGAAAGGUUUGGGACUGGAGGGAAUUGGAUUGCUCUUCCUCAGAAAGCUGGUUUGAAGAGAUGUGGAAAGAGUUGCAGAUUGAGAUGGCUAAACUAUCUGAGGCCCAACAUUAAACAUGGUGAAUUCUCUGAUGAAGAGGAUAGGAUUAUCUGCACCUUAUUUGCUAGCAUUGGAAGCAGAUGGUCAAUUAUAGCUGCUCAGUUACCAGGCAGGACUGACAAUGAUAUUAAGAACUACUGGAACACCAAGCUCAAGAAGAAGCUCAUGGCCAUGGCUCCUCAAUCUCAAAGAAAGCCCCUUCCAUUCCCAUCUCCUCCUAAUCAUCAAUCUUCACCAUUAUCAUCUCACUCACUCUUCUCUCUCUACAAAGACUCUUCUGCUUCUUAUCCUUGUUGCCCUGACACGGUUAAACCUUUCAGUGCUGGAUUUGACCCCAUUUCACCAAUUCCAUCAAAUCUUUUAGCCAAAAAUAGCACUACUCUAGCCACAAACUCAUCCUCACUUUUCCAAAUCCAAGAGGGCCUGGUGAAUCCCUUGCAAUAUUAUCAUCCAGUGAAAGAUAAUAGUAACAAUAAUAAUAAUAAUAAUCUCCUGGUGUUUGGAAGUGAAGCAAGUUGCAGUUCUAAUUCUGAUGGGAGUUGCAGCCAGAUCAGCUAUGGAGGCCGAGAGAUCAAACAAGACGAUAUAGGAUUUCAAAGCUAUAUCUCAAAUGGGUAUGGAGAGAACCAAAAGUUCAUGUUUAAUUAUGGCAACACUAGUUGUAAUGGAAGUGAGAAUUUGAACCAAUGGGCAGAGAAAGCAACUGGGUAUUUUGGAGAAACCCCACCAUUGGAGUAUGAUCUUGAGGAUGUUAAGCACCUUAUUAGCAGCAGUAGUAAUACUAGCUGUAAUAACAACUUCCUCCUUGAUGAAAACAAGACACAAGAGAAGUACAUGUACUACUACUAAAAUAUUUAUAUAUUUGGGUGAUUUUAUGGAGACUGACUGUAAGUAAUAUCAAGAAAGAAGAUUUGAUGGGGUAGGGUGGGAGAGAUUUGAGGUAAGACUUUGAGUUCCUGGGGGUUUGUGUUUGUUUUCUGAUGAAAUAUGAAACAUUUCUUCUUUUGACAGUA